AUGACCGAUACACCUUUUUCCCCUUCCGGUGGAGCUCCUCGAGCUCCUAACACCACGACAUAUCCUGCACCGAGCAUCUCUUCCGUUCCUCGUCGCUCCUCUUACGCCUCCGUUCUCUCAGGAACUCCCGCUACUACCUCGACCCAAGCCAACACUCCGUUCUCGCACUCGAACUCGGUUUCCACUUCAUCUUAUCCCCCACCCUUUCACCCCGAAGCUCGCCUGUCUAGGCACUCGACCGCCGUGGAUGCAGAUAUGCAGAUGAACUCCUCCUGGAGGUCUUCCUCCGGGGACUCGCUCCCUCCAUAUUCCAGAAAGUUUGCGAGCUUUCCGGCGUUUGAUCCCUUUUUCCAAAGCCCUGGCAGCUUCUCCGAUUCCUCCUUCACGCCCUCCUAUCUCCGCAACUCCCGAUACAUCUCCCGCCUCGAUGCUGCCCGCCGCGCAAAAUCUGCUCCCCAACGCGAUGGAGCUUCGGUUGCUUCAAUCCAGGGAAGCGCACCGCGAAUCGCGCCUUCAUACCGCGGAAUGACGUAUGAUAUCAUUGACAGGGAACCCGCCGGUGACGACGACAAUCCGAUGCCGCUUCCCUCUCGAUGGAAUGACUCGGAUAAAUAUCAAGGCCUGGAGCUUCCGAAUGAAGGGUUGGAGAUUCGAUAUACCGGACCGGUCAACAAGCAGGAGCAUGAAGCUGCGGCGGUGCGAGCAGAUCAUCCCAUGCCGCCGCAAUGUGGCAUUUACUACUUUGAGAUUACCAUACAUUCUAAACCUAAGGAAGGGAUGAUUGGAAUAGGAUUCUCGAGUAGCAAAGCGUCAGUCGAGCGGCUUCCGGGCUGGGAACAGGAAUCAUGGGCAUACCACGGCGAUGACGGCAAAUCGUUCUUUGGCGAGAGCCAAGGGCAAGGGCGACAAUAUGGGCCGACUUUUGGCGUCAAUGAUACUGUGGGAUGCGGAGUAAACUUUUCGAGUGGCUGUGCCUUCUUCACAAAGAACGGUGUCUUUCUAGGUAACGCGUUCCGGGAGCUGCGAAAUCUGAAAGUUUAUCCAUCCGUGGGCAUGAAGAAACAACCGCCGGUGCAUUUAUCCGUCAAUUUCGGCAAACAACCAUUUAUGUUUGAUAUCGACGGCAUGGUCAAGAAAGAGAAAGCUGCCAUUCAUUCGGAAAUCCGAUUGACAAGCAUCGCUAACAUUCAACCCCCACUGGAUGAAUCUGCCUUCUUGCAGGAGUUGGUUGCGCAGUUUUUAGCCCAUGAUGGAUACGUAGAGACUGCUCGAGCAUUUGCUGAAGAAGUUGCGGCUGAGUCGGCAGCACUGGAGAAUGGCCGCCAGGCGCAGCUGAAAAAGUACGAAGUCGAAGAGGAUCUGGAAGCGAUCAACCGACAAAAAAUUCGCGCGGCUAUUCUCGAGGGCGAUAUUGAUAAAGCUCUAAAGUAUACUAACGCCUAUUACGCCAACGUUCUACAGCAAUACCCCCACAUACACUUCAAACUACGGUGCCGAAAGUUUUUGGAGAUGAUGCGGCGUUCCACCGAGUUGUCGUCAGCAGCAAAGAAGGGAAAAGCUACCAACGGUCUCUCGGACAGCGCUGUUUUUGACGAAGAGAUGGAGCUUGAUGAACACAUGCAUGACCGCGACGGCUGGGAGGUUGAUGGCAUGGACAUGGAAGAGAGCGAGACCGCAACCAAGUCCAACCAGCUGCUAACCGACGCAGUGCAAUAUGGGCAGCAACUUCGAAUGGACUACCCAAACGACGAGAACGGAGGGGACAAGAAGAUGCUAGAUGACAUUUUCUCGCUUGUGGCUUACCCGGAUCCCAAGCGCUCGGUGCAUGGUCACUAUCUGGAUCCAGCUGGACGCGUUGCUGUUGCGGAAGAAUUAAACUCGGCGAUUUUAGUGUCACUUGGCAAGUCAUCAGCAGCGGCUCUGGAGCGGCUGUAUCAACAAACAGAAGUAUUAGUCAACGAGAUCAGUGAAGAGGGAGGCGCUGGGGCGUUUAUCAAUGUGCGCAAUGACUUUCUACAAUGA